AUGAGGAUUAUGGCCCAGCUAUCAAUCAUUCACCUCCUCUGGGCUGCUAUGGUCUUUUGUCAGUACGAAGACUAUGACUUUGAGGAUGGAUAUGAGGAGGAGUCAGAUCAUCAGCAUCCAUAUUACUUCAAUCCAAAUACACAGGCCGAAGUUCCUCGCUUUCCUUUCCCAGUCGAGUGUGCCAGAGAAUGCUUCUGUCCACCAGCUUUUCCGCUAUCGAUGUACUGCGAUCACCGUCAACUGAAGACAAUCCCAAACAUCCCCAGCCACGUCCAACAGCUUUAUCUGCAGAACAAUGACAUCGAAGCCGUGCCUGCAGGGCCAUUCACCAAUGCUUCCUUCUUAAGAGAAAUCAACCUCAGCCACAACAAAAUUAAAUUUCGGAUGAUUGAUCACGGUGUUUUUGCCAGACUUGCAAACUUAGUGCAACUUCAUUUACAACAUAACGAAUUAGAAGAAUUUCCAUUCCCACUCCCCAGCUCUCUGGAGAGACUACUCCUGGGUUCCAAUAAAAUUUCUCAGGUAUCUGGAAACGCACUGGAGGGACUACCUAACAUAACCAUGCUCGACCUUUGCAACAACUUCCUUGACGACUCAGUGCUCAAAGAAAAGCCCUUUUCGAACCUGAAAAACUUAAUGCAGCUCAACUUAUGCAACAACAAGUUACAGACUAUGCCUCCUGAUCUCCCAUCAUCACUCAUGUAUCUCUCUCUCGAAAACAAUUCCAUUUCCUAUAUUCCAGAAAACUAUUUCACCAGAAUUCCAAAAAUCAUUGCUCUGAGGAUGUCCCACAAUAACCUGCAGAACAUUCCACCCAACACCUUCAAUCUACCCAACCUUCUAGAACUUAAUCUUGGACACAACAAACUGAAAGAAGUAUUCUACAUUCCAAGAAGCUUGCAGCAUUUGUAUAUUGAAGACAAUAACAUCGAAACCAUAAACGUUACUUUGAUGUGUCCGUCUAUUGAUCCGAUGAACACCAACCAAUUAACCUAUAUACGGGUGGACCAAAAUAAGCUUACGAUUCCACUAAGCUCAUAUGCCUUCUUUUGCUUCCCUCACAUCAGAACCAUUUACUAUGGGGAACAAAACGUUAACGUCAGCAAGUCAACUCGGCUAAGAACAGCAGUGUUUCGACGAUUUUUAACGCCAGAAGAAUACGACGAAGCAGAAGAAAAUCAUGAAACUGAAGAUCACGAAAGCGAAGAUCAUGAAACAGAAGACAGCUACUUUAAUCCCUACUUUCAGUGA